GCACCGGGGGCGGGAGAAGACGGCGGCAGGGGCGGGAGGAGAAGGCUCUGGGGCCCCUCGAAGGCCACCCCCAGUGUAGUUUUUACAAUUCUCCACAUUUCUCAACACCCCCCACCCCUAGCAGGACGCCUCUCUGGUGCAGAGCCUGCCCUGAGCCUGGUGAUGUCCAGCCUCCCAGGGCCCCUGCUGGCUCCAGGCUGUCAGCCCGGACACAGCUUGGCCCCUGGGGUGCCCUGAGAGCCAGGCCACGGGUGUCACUGCCACCCCACAAUGCACACACCAGUCCCCAGAUGUGAGGUUGCCGAGAAGCCCAUCUGUGGCUCCAGGGAGGCAGGUGUGAGAGGGGCUUGUCAUUGGCUGGACACUGGUCACGCCUAUUGGAGGGAUGCAUUCAGCCACACGCAGGAAGUGGGGGCAUGGAUGUGUGUGAGAUGUGGGGAAGGGGCGUGAGGCUCCACGAAGGCCACCCAGGUGCUGAAGGGGCUGCUGGGGGAGGCCGGCGGGAGGAGCGAGAGACUGCAGAUAGCCUCACCCCACCCCCCCUGCCUCAGGACCUGGUGGGGAGGCGGGAGGAGCGAGAGACUGCAGAUGGCCCCCACCCCAUCCUCCUGCCUCAGGACCCUGGACCACGCUGCUGGGUUUUGCUGGGAUUUGCUCCCCUAGUCCUGCCCCGAUCUGGGGACCUGCCCGGGCAGGCAGAGUUUGCUUCAGCAUGCGGGGGCUUGGCACUGUCCAGGGAGAGGGUGGGAGGUCCCCAGCCAGGGACUCGCCCGCUGCCCCUUCCCCGUGUGCUCAUCCCCCUGAACUGGGGCCAGGCGUCCGCAGCCUCCACUUCUCCGCAGUGGCCCUUGGGUAUGGCCUGGGCAUUGACUGACCCAGAAGCCGGUCAUUGGGCAGCGUGGGGCAUCUGGCUGCCUGGCCUGUGGCUGAGCUCCCUGCAAUCAGCAUUUCGUUUUACUGCAUGAAAGCCAGAGUGCUGAGAGCCCCUCACUCGCCUGUCCUCGCCUUCGCUGAAGAGGCCGGAGGCUCAGCGCCUGGUGCAGGGUUAAUGAUGUUAAAAUAUCUGGCCAACAUUUAAAUAAGCAGGCAAUUUUUCACCUAAGCGCAGCUCAGGCUUGGCAACCACUGCAGGUGCUGAACAGAAGCGCCUCUCCGUGGAUCCCUCACUUCUCCGUGGGCACGGGCGGCUGCUGGACUGUGGUGCCCUUGGGCAUGGGCCGGGCCUGACUGGGCAGAGCCAUUCCGCCUGCCUGGGCCUUGCAGAGGGCGGGAGAGAGGCUGGCCCUGUCCGCUCCGCCCUCCUUAGGCCCCUCCUGGAGCCCGCCCCCACCCCAGCCCAAGCUGCCCUCGGGGAGGGGACCGUGCGCUCCAGACGCCGAGGAGGUCGAGCACAGGAGGUGCAGUCGUCCACCCUGCGCCCCACCCAGCCUGAACGCCAGCCCGGAUGCCAGUGGGAACCAUGUGCCUCCUGGAUCCAGGGGACCUCUGAGUGACCGCAGGGCCGGGGUCCCCUGUCGCCCCACGGCCGGUGCAGGGAGGGCUGGACACCAGGUCCCACUGGCCCUGCCAGUUCCUCCUCUGGGCCCUUAGCCCAGCGCGGUGACCCCGGGGGAUGGAGCACUUCCUCAGGAGGCGGCUGGCCUUCCUGUCCUUCUUCUGGGACAAGAUCUGGCCAGCGGGCGGUGAGCCAGACCACGGCACCCCCGGGUCCCUGGACCCCGACGCCAACCCAGUGCCCGCACUCCCCGCCGAGCCUUGCAGCCCCUUCUCUCAGCUCUUCCUUGUGCUCUAUGACUUCACGGCGCGGUGUGGCGGGGAGCUGAGUGUCCGCCGGGACAGGCUCUGCGCCCUCGAGGAGGGGAGCGGCUACAUCUUCGCGCGCAGGCUCUCGGGCCAGCCCAGCGCCGGGCUCGUGCCCAUCACCCACGUGGCCAAGGCCUCUCCUGAGACGCUCUCAGACCAACCCUGGUACUUUAGCGGGGUCAGCCGGACCCAGGCACAGCAGCUGCUCCUCUCCCCACCCAGCGAACCAGGGGCCUUCCUCAUCCGGCCCAGCGAGAGCAGCCUCGGGGGCUACUCACUGUCAGUCAGGGCCCAGGCCAAGGUCUGCCACUACCGGGUCUCCAUGGCAGCUGACGGCAGCCUGUACCUGCAGAAGGGACGGCUCUUUCCCGGCCUGGAGGGGCUGCUCACCUACUACAAGGCCAACUGGAAGCUGAUCCAGAACCCCCUGCUGCAGCCCUGCGUGCCCCAGAAGGCCCCUCGGCAGGACGCGUGGGAGCGGCCACACUCCGAAUUCGCCCUUGGGAGGAAGCUGGGUGAAGGCUACUUUGGGGAGGUGUGGGAAGGCCUGUGGCUGGGCUCCCUGCCCGUGGCGAUCAAGGUCAUCAAGUCAGCCGACAUGAAGCUCACUGACCUCGCCAAGGAGAUCCAGACGCUGAAGGGCCUGCGGCACGAGCGGCUCAUCCGGCUGCAUGCAGUGUGCUCGGGCGGGGAGUCUGUGUACAUCAUCACGGAGCUCAUGCGCAAGGGAAACCUGCAAGUCUUCCUGGGCACCCCCGAGGGCCAGGCCCUGCGUCUGCCGCCGCUCCUGCACUUUGCCUGCCAGGUGGCUGAGGGCAUGAACUACCUGGAGGAGCAGCGCAUCGUGCACCGGGACUUGGCCGCCAGGAACGUGCUCGUGGACGAUGGCCUGGCCUGCAAGGUGGCUGACUUUGGCCUGGCCUGGCUGCUCAAGGACGACAUCUGCUCCCCAAGCAGCAGCUCCAGGAUCCCGGUCAAGUGGACAGUGCCUGAGGCGGCCAAUUAUUGCGUCUUCUCCCAGAAGUCGGACGUCUGGUCCUUUGGCAUUCUGCUGUACGAGGUUUUCACCUAUGGCCAGUGUCCCUACAAAGGGAUGACCAACCACGAGACGCUGCAGCAGAUCAUGCGAGGGUACCGGCUGCUGCGCCCGGCUGCCUGCCCGGCGGAGGUCUAUGUGCUCAUGCUGGAGUGCUGGAGGAGCAGCCCUGAGGCACGGCCUUCCUUCGCCACGCUGCAGGAGAAGCUGCAUGCCAUCCACAGAUGCCACCCCUGAGUCCUCACGUGACCCAAGGCUCCGCGCUCCAGCCAGGCCAGCCCCUCCUCCCUGCAGAGCGUCAACUCGAAGGGAUGCCGGUCGGCUGGACCGAGGAGCCUCUGGCUGUGGGCCUCAGGCCCUGGCGUGCACACGUGUUUGUGCACCAGGCAGACGUGCAGACGGAGGGCUGGGGCUGACGUUCUCUGUGCAGUGUGACUCGUGCAGACGGUGGAGGGUCGUGCAGAUGGUGGAGGAUCAUGCAGACGGUGGAGGGCUGACAUUCCCUGUGCAGUGUGACUCGUGCAGACGGUGGAGGGCUGACGUUCCCUGUGCAGUGUGAUACGUGUCCCUGGCAUCUCAAGAGAGACAACAGCACAGGAAGGUGGGGAGAAGCCUCGGAGGCUCUGGGUGCGGAACCCUGAGCCCCGUGUGUCUCCUGUCUGGGUCCCCUGGACUCCCUCCCAGGGUCAAGAGCCAAAGGCCCAGUUCUCUCUCUAGUCCCAGCUUGGGUAUGUGGAAGUGACCAGUGCUGGCUCCCAGGCAGACCGUGGUGUUGACCCCACUGGGUGCGUGGUAUGUAGGCACGGGGUGGCACCGUCACCUGCCCCUCACAGACACGCUGGCGGCCUGUGCACAAACCCACUCACACACACAGCACUCAGUAAGCCGGGACUGACCCACUCAGACACGUGCACAGGCUCACAUCACACACAGGCUCAGCCCCCCAAACCCAGACCCAGGAGCUGGAGCGUGGGGGUCUACGUGGCUAGAAAAUGCAGGUUGGAGCGGCCCCCAUGCGGCCCAGACCCCCAGCCCAGGACAUCAUGGUGCCCAGACAGUGUGAGCCCCAGGGUCAUCGGCAGGAGCUGCCUGAGCUGCCAAUUCCAUCUCCCUGGGCUGGUUCCAGGUGGCACAGGAAGGGUGGGCUGGGAGGCUUGGUGGCCUGGGAGCUGCCCUUGGAAGCUAUUUCCAGGGGCCUCAGGGUGGGCCGUGGGGGAUUUGGAGUCUUCUGGUUGUGCAGGGUCAGGCAGGGUCGGCUGGGGGCUCGGAGGUAGAUGCCAUGGUGUGCUGGGCAGCGACUGGUUCAGGAAGCCUCUGGGCAUGAGUCCUCAGGGGUCACCAAGGCAGGGGAGGCAGGGAUGUGCAGGGUUGGCCCUCGUUCUCCCCACAUCUGGCUCAGGGAAGCUUCUGCUCAGGUGUUUGUGAAACACAUCAAGAAGCAAGGGGGCCGGCGGGGUCUGUCUGCGGUCCCUGGAGACCCUGCCCCCACCCUCCUGGGAGCCCAGGUUGGCAGCUGUGCCCAGAAGGCUUUUGGGGACAGAAAGUUUGGAGACAAGUUCAGGCCUGACUGAGUUCCUUGUCCCCUAGAGUUAGGGUCAGCUCUGCACCUGCUGAGCCAAUAUGCUGAUGACCACUGUCCACAGGCCCCGGCCAAAGCCUGGCUCAGGAGGGAGCUAAGAGAUGAGACUCCCGUGUGCAAAGACAGGUGACCCGGGGAGGGAAGAGGCCGCUCGGAGCCUCAGAGAACAGAGGCAGUGCAGGGGCUUCCUGGGGCCCGUGAGCAGGAGGAACAAGGCCAAGCAGAGGGAAGCAGCAGGAACCAGGACCCCUGCAGAUGGUGGAGGCAAGAGGCUUUAUCUGAGCCUUUGGGACCCUGGCCAGCUGCCCAGCUCCAUCUGCAUGGGAGAACCUAGGGGAGGGGCUGGCUCUGGUACCUGGGCCCACUGAGGCCUUGAGCUGAGCUUCCGGUUCUGGCACGUCCCCAGCACAGCAGCCUGGGGGAUCCUCUGGCACAGAAGGCCUCGCUCUCUGUGCUUUCUGCAGCUGCCACUGGGAUUAAGGGGACCAGGUAUGUCUGUGGCACCUGUGCCCUCCCAGGCAUCUCACCAGCCACCAGCUGAACAGGUUUGGUGCUCCUGGGUAUCCGGGAGGGGCCGGGACAUUCCUGCCUCCUGGUGUGGCUUAGACUGAACGUCCUGCACGACUGAACUCAGGGAUACUCGAGGCUUCCUGGACACAGACUCACGGGCCCGGAGGCCCAAGGCUCGAGGACACCGGGUUGGUGUCAGAGCUGGUGGGCUCUGAGGGACGCUGCCCGGCCAGAUGCCCCGGCGCCCUCCUUCCGCAUUCCCCACCCCCCACAUCCCCUCGGCCGACCAACCCCAGACAGAGCUGGGAGGGCCUGAGGGACACUGCCCAGCCCAGCACCCGCUGCCCCUCCCCACCUUGGUCAGCGCUGAGCUGGGCUGCCCAGAAAUCUAUGAACCUGUUAAAUAAUCCAGAUUAUUGUUCUUAAUCUCAAAACAAUGAGUGGAAGGUGCCAUUAUUUCUCUUUGCAAUAAAAAUAAAAGUUCAAAUAUGCAGAGUUUGGGGACUUUCCCUACCACUCCUUGCAGACUGAA